CCCCCUGGAGGCCGCGGGGACGCACCAAUCGCGUCCGUGCUGCCAUCCGGCGCGGAGCGCUCGCCGCUCAACGCCGGAUCCGCGAUGGUGCUGUCCGCCGCGGAGAGGGCGGCAGUGCGCGCGCUGUGGACGAAGCUGGGGACCAACGUUGGGGUCUACGCGACCGAGGCCCUGGAGAGGACCUUCCUGGCCUUCCCGACCACCAAGACCUACUUUCCCCACUUGGACCUGACCCCCGGCUCCGCCCAGGUCAAGGCCCACGGCCAGAAGGUGGCCGACGCGCUGACGCGGGCCGUGGCCCACCUGGACGACCUGCCUACCGCCCUGUGGGCUCUGAGCGACCUGCACGUGCGCCAGCUGCGUGUGGACCCCGUCAACUUCAAGCUCCUGGGCCACUGCCUGCUGGUGACCCUCGCCCGGCACUACCCUGGAGACUUCAGCCCGGCCAUGCACGCCUCGCUGGAAAAGUUUCUGAGCCACGUGAUCUCGGCGCUGGCCACCAGCUACGGCUAAACUCGGAGAAGGGCGCCCGCCGCCCAGCCGCCCCUCCCGCGAGUUCCAGAGUUUGAGUAAAGUCCCCGCAAGAAAGCCU